GAAGAGGAGGAGCAGAGUGGCAGCUGAUGAUAUCACUGUGUGGGUUUCUGCCUCUCUCCUAUACACAACUGCAAUAAUCCUGCUGCUGCUGCUCCCCUCUGCUGCUGUCUGUAUUCCGAGGCAGCACAGCCAGAACAAGGAGGGGAGGCACACACCACUGACAUCCCUAUUGUUCCCUCUCUGCUACCAGGUGGAUUCCCGUCUACUCGUGUGAUCCUGGGAUUGUAAAGAAUCUUUGACAUGUCUCUUACAUCAAGAUCGUGUGUCCUGGGCACAAUCCUAGUCUCCCUGCUAUGCUGCAACAUCCAGACCCUGGAAUUACCUAAAGAUUAUGAAUUUCCAGCCACACAAUUGUUUCCUCCUUCAUUUACAAAGCAGCCUAAUCAAAGGCACGUGGUGUAUCCCAACGAUGACCUCUCACUCAAGUGUGAAGCAAAAGAGAAUUCCAAAGCUUGGUAUUCCUGGGAAAAGGACGGGUUGCCGUUUGAACCAAAUGACACCCGAGUAAAACAAGAAAAGUUUUCGGGGAACUUAUAUGUUUCCAACUCCAACGGAAACAUGAAAGAUUUCCAGGGCAAAUACCGCUGCUUUGCCACAAACGAACUGGGCACGGCCAUGUCUAACGAGAUUCAUGUCAUCAUAGAAACCAUGCCUAAAUGGCAGAAAGAGAAGAUAGAACCCGUGGAAGCGGAAGAGGGAGAUUCCGUUACAAUGCCUUGCAACCCCCCAAAAAGCUCAGUACCCCCACGAAUCUUCUGGAUGAACAGCACACUAUUGCACAUACAUCAGGAUAAUCGAGUCACCAUGGGAAUGAAUGGGAACUUAUACUUCUCCAAUGUGAUGGUAACAGAUCACCACCCUGACUACAUCUGCCACGCUCAGUUUCUCGGCGCCCGAACUAUUGUCCAAAAGGAGCCAAUCGAACUUAAAGUUAAACAAACUAACUCCAUGAAGUAUCGCAAGCCUAGAAUGAUUAUGCCCACGGGCAGUUCCAGCAGUUCCUUGGCGCUUAAGGGAACCUCUCUGCAGCUGGAGUGCAUCGCCCAGGGGCUCCCUACUCCAGAAACUGAGUGGAUAGCUCUAACUGGCACCAUGGAUCCGAAUCGCUUUCAUUUUGAUGAAUAUAAAAAGACCCUACGCAUUGAGCCAGUGCUAGAAGAGGAUGACGGGGAGUACGAGUGUAUAGCCAAGAACACAGAAGGAGAAGUGAGACACAAGUACACAGUCGCCGUGGAGUCUGCCCCCUACUGGGUUAACAGGCCGAAAGAUGAGAUUUGUGGUCCAGGAGAGAACGUUAAAUUUACCUGUGAUGUUGACGGGAACCCCAAACCCAAGGUCAGCUGGAGGAUUAAUGGAGAACCUUUGAAAGCCUCUGAUCUUGGCCCAAACAAGAAGAUGGAAGGUGGAAGUUUGAUUCUACAAAACCUGCAGACUAGUGACACGGCUGUAGUACAGUGUGAAGCGCACAACAAGCACGGACACAUCCUAGAAAACGCUUACGUCUAUGUCGUUGAGUUUGCUCCAGUCAUUCUGACCCAAGACAGACUGAACUACAGCGCAAUGGAGGACUCAGAUAUUUUCAUGCACUGUAAAUUUUUUGGGUCUCCUGCUCCAGUUACCCAUUGGUAUGAUAGCGAUAUGAACUCUGUGGUAAGUAAAGACGGCUUUGAAAUCCUCACCAAUGGCAGCAUGAAAAUCUCCGAUGUGGGCAGUAAAGAUGAAGGAACGUACUACUGUACAGCAGCCAAUAGCAAGGGAAACAUGACCAUCUCCGCGUAUUUAGAUGUCAGAAACGCUACUCAGAUCAUCACCCCCCCAGAAAUGCAGCGAGUGAGGAAGGGUGGGAAGGCGACAUUUGAGUGCAUACCUUUAUUUGACGUCAAGAUGGAGGACAAAUCGGUGGAAUGGAGAAAAGACGACGUGGAUAUCAUAGAAGAUGAUGACAGUGACAAGUAUUUCAUAGAAGAUUACUCUCUGAGUAUAGUCAAUGUGCAGGAAGAUGACCAAGGCAGCUACACUUGUGUGGCCCGCAGUGAGCUGGACGCAGUGCAGAAGUCGGCUCAGCUAGUGAUGAUUGAUCUACCAGAACCGCCCUAUGACUUGGAGCUUUCUGACCCUCAAGACACAAGUGUCACCCUCACCUGGACCCCAGGAGAAGACAAUAACAGUCCCGUUGACGAGUUCAUCAUAGAGUUUGAAGAGGACAGAUUUGAGCCUGGCGUAUGGCAUACACUGACCCAGGUGGACGGGUUUGAGAACACCGCACGCCUCUCUCUCUCCCCCUACGUCAACUAUCAGUUUCGAGUUAUGGCUGUGAAUGAGCUCGGACCCAGCAAUGGAAGCAAGCCAUCAGAUCGUUUUAAGACCCCCGAAGCAGCACCUACAAAGAAUCCGACUGAUGUCAGGGGAGAAGGCACGGAACCACAUAAUAUGAAGAUAUCAUGGAAGCCUAUGAAAGGAAUUGAUUGGAACGGACCUGGGUUUGGAUACAUUGUGAAGUGGAGGAGACAGAACCAGAACGAGGCGUGGCAGGAGAAGACAGUCAGAGAAACUCACGUCUUAGUGGAAGAUACCAAGACAUUCGUACCCUAUGACAUUAGAGUCCAGUCUUUCAAUGACUUGGGCAAGGCCUCCGAACCUAGAUCCUUCACCGGCUACUCUGGAGAGGACUUUCCCACCAUUAUCCCUGAAGGAAUUGGAUUAGAGGCGCUGAAUGACAGUACAAUCAAGGUAGCUUGGUUGCCCGUGCAGAAGGAAGGAUUAAAUGGUCGCCUAAAGGGAUUUGUGAUCCGAUAUGUUGCUCAAAACGAAAAGCACAAAAACAAGGUAAUUGUGCAUGGAAAUGUUACCCACACAACCCUAUAUGGACUGAAGCCUUUCACCAACUAUUCAGUGACAGUUCAUGUGCUCAAUGGGAAAGGAGAGGGCGAUGAAAGCGAGACAGAAAAGAUCUGUACAGAAGAAGGGGUUCCCAGUCCUCCUACUGGCCUGCGAAUUGAACGGCUUUCUGACUCCUCUCUGGCACUAUUUUGGGGGCCCCCUGAACAUCCCAAUGGAAUCCUAACAGGCUACAAAAUUUCUCAUUCCCUCGCGAACAAGGAUAAAGACUCACUUCUUCUCCAAACCAUCAACGAUCCUUUGCAGCAAAACUGGACAUUUCACAAUAUGAGUGCCAAGGACACCUAUAAGUUCUAUGUGUAUGCCAAGAACUCCGCCAGAGAAAGUUUACCCGCCGAGAUAGAGGGCAGUACGAUGAAAGAGCUUGAAUUUCCACCAGUUUGGAACGUGACUUUUAGGAUUAAGGACAAAUCUAUCGUUCUAAAAUGGCGGCCGCUGGAAGGCCACAGAAACGUUGAACUCAGGAUACAAGUUAAGAACAAAAGCAGUGAUGACUGGCAGCUGUAUGAUGUUGUCAAUGCAUCUGAUGCACGGUACGAACUUAAUGAAUUGCAACCUGGGAGAAAUUAUUUUGUCCGUCUGAUGGCCUAUAAUCACACCGGAUACGAGGAGUUCUGGGGAAACGAAGUUCAGACAUCAUCAGUAGCUGUAGAAAAUCAGAAAGGAUUUGCCACCGAGGGCUGGUUUAUUGGUCUGAUAAGUGCAAUCGUUCUCCUGCUGCUUAUCCUUCUCAUCCUGUGCUUCAUCAAACGCAGCAAAGGUGGCAAGUACUCAGUGAAGGAUAAAGAAGACACUCAAGUGGAUUCUGAAGCUCGGCCGAUGAAAGAUGAAACUUUUGGGGAAUACAGCGACAAUGAUGAAAAGCCGUUCACCAGCAGCCAUCCUUCCCUCAAUGGAGAUGUAAAACCUCUCGGAAGUGAUGACAGCUUGGCCGAUUACGGUGGAAGCGUGGAUGUGCAGUUUAAUGAGGAUGGCUCCUUCAUUGGCCAGUACAGUGGCAAAAAGGAAAAGGAAGCAGCAGGAGGCAAUGACAGCUCCGGUGCAACCUCACCGGUUAACCCCAACGUCCCAAUUGAGUAACGAAACACAUUUUUGAAAGAGGAAGGUUUUAGGGGCUACAUUUAGGAUGAACAUCAAGGGGGGACGGGGGGCAGUGGGAAGAACGUGAUGGAUCUGGAGAAUUUAUUUUUUGCUUGCAAACCUAUUUGCCAAUUUUGGUGCCGGAGUGGCAAGUAUAUUAUGUUGUAAGUCUCUCUUGCACCAAAUGGUUUGAACUGCUGUACGUUGUUGGACUGCAACUCCAUGACUUGUGUGCUUAGCAAUCAAAACCGUACAAGAGGAGAAAACGGACUGGUCCUAACGGUUACUGCAGCGAACGGGUACCAGUGUUUUCAUUUUAUUUAAGAAAAAGCGAAUGGAAGGAAAAAGGUUAAAAAUAUAAAACAGAAAAAAAAACCAUGAUGAUGGACGUAUGUAUGCUAAAAAAAUACAGAAAAAAAAAGAAAAACCAAAGGAAGAAGAAAAAAAAAGAUUAAAAAAAACGCAUUUCUCUCUCACGCCAAGUCUCGCAUUCACACAGGACCUGUGUUACUUUUCUAUGGUGUCUUUACUUUGUAAUGUUCUCUUUCAGUGUGUUUGUGGUCCACCACAAGGGGGUCCACCAGCUCUGUGGGUCUCGUUACCGGAGCGUGGCUUGCCAAAAAAUUACACAAAAAAAAAACGACAAAAAAAAUAAUAAUACUGAUGAAACCUGAACAAUAUUAUGCAUAUGUGUGCUUUUUCCAACACGGCAAAAACUUUCUGUAAUCCUAGCCAUUCUCAUUUACUGUAACUUCUAUGCCAUCUGUCAAUCAUUGAACCAGAUUCUGGGACUAUGGCAAAUUCCCUCGCUCUUGCAAUCGCUAAAAGUUCCCCCAGAAGAAGAAAGGAGUAAAUAAAUAAAGUAUUAUUUUUUUAUGCUGUUUAGUUCACAGCUUCUCGGUUGGCAGAGAGGGGGCGUAACAGUCCACAUGUCAGUGGUGAUAAAGACCCAUCUGACUUUCAUCGUGGCCUCUCUUUUGUAGUAGAGAAGAUACAUAUAACAUAUCACAAUAUUCCAGUGAGUAGUUUAAAUGUAGUGGUAAGUAGCAAUUUUUAUACAACAUAAAUGCUCUUGUAAUAAUGUGGUGCAAAUACGGUAGUAACGGUAUGUUGUAGACCACAGCAAUCUAAUUGGUUGACUUCUCAAAGUUGCAUCACAUUAUUAUAUAAGAGUUAUAGUCUUAUUCAGCAACCCUACGUGCAGUUCCUCUCUGCAUGGUGUGCUUCUCAGGAGCAAUGAUGGUAACAAACCAACUUAACCCCCUCUGUUAGCAUAGAGACCUGCAAUACAUUAUUCUCUAAGACUGGUUGCAAGUUGUCCCUGAAACAAAGGGGUCCAGCCAUUUGAUUACAGGGUUUAUUGCAUGCUCGGUGCGGAAGUGAUAAGCAGCUGUUGGAGAAGUUGAAUAUAGACAAGUGUAAAUCUCACCGGUCUUUCGGAGUAUGAGUGCACUUCUUUUCCUUAGGAUGCCAGGACCAAAUUUCCUUGUUUCCCAUUGUCUUUUCUCAGGGGUAGGUACAGCAUAAUGGCUAAGGUGCUUAUCUGGGGAAUCCAUCCCAGUCACCUUAUCUCCCUGUGCCUCAGGGUCUCCUCCCUGUGACUCAUUCUUACCCACUGUCCCCAGGUUUCUGCAGGAACGUGCAACAGUGUUUCCACCUCAAAGGUGGCUGCCUGGAGCCCUCAGCAGAACAUCUCCAGACAGAAGGGCUCUGUACGUGUAGAGGGUGUCAUUCUCUUCCACUGCGUAACCACCACCCCUGUCUGUUAUCACCAUUAACUGCGGAUGUUAGAUUUUGUUUUCUUUUUUGGUGUGGAAAGGGAGGUGGAAGGUGCGUUAAAGCCGUAACAAUAUAUUAGCUGACAGUGCCAGGAAAAAUUUUAAAAUAAGAUGUUUUGUUAUGUGAGUGGUUGUAUCACCUUGCCAUGAUAGAGUAGAUGACAUGAUUGAUGAUAAGUACUAAUAAGUCAUCUGAAGGUCUCCUCAAUCCAUCAAUGGUCCAGAAGUUUCAUGACAUACGUCAGUUAAUCAGUCUGGGCGCUCAAACUCCAGGUUUGCUGGAACCCGUAGGUUCUCAAGAGGCACAAAUUGAUUAUUUGUGAUAUGCAAGAUCUGCUUGUGCAUAGAAGGAUUGUCCUCAAGGUCUUACAUCUUACAGUGAUGGUUCUCCAACUGUCCCUAAAUAAUAACUUUCAUGAGACCAGGCCACUGACUAGCUGGCCGAUAUUCAACACAUCGAUAACGAACAGUUGGGCCUUUCCUUCUUGUAUUGCCAGUUGGUAAUAAAGUAAAACUGAGUGAGACGUUUUGGCCAUUAUAAACCAGUACAGAUAUCACUAGUUUAAUUUCUUUUUUGUUUGUCUUAUAACAAACGCCACUCUGAAUUAGCUUAGUUGCAUGAGACUUGUGAAGAAUAAAAUUGAACACAUGAGGUAAAAUAUUAAAUAAGAAAUCAAAAGUAUAUACAUACUGUAUAUUAACAUACUUUGAAAUGUAAAUGAUUAUAUCAAGACAGACCUUUGAAAAAUUCUGCUGUUCAGCCUCCUAUAACUGUAGACUGUGAUAAAUGUGACUUCUCUCCAUAUUUCAUCACCACAGCAUUGAAAGUAAUAUCCAGCUGGUUUCUUAAUUGCAUUCUACAAAAGAGGCGUUAUUAUAUCUUAAUGCAUCUUGAUUGAAAAUAUGCUUUGCCACAGACACAUAUAUAUUACAACGUGUUUAAUAACACUUUGAAUACCAGUGGUAUAUGGGUGUACAUAUAAUGUCCGAGAGGUACAUUCUCCAAAUAGAUAAGUUUUGUUUCUUUUGUUUAUAAGUGUUUACAAUGAACUGUGUACUAUAGGAAAUCAGUAAUGCUGAAUAACACAACCAAGGAUUCAUAACGCUCUGUUGGGAAUUUUAGGGAAAUGUCAUUGUCUUAAGGAGAGUGUGGAAGAUUGGUCAUUCAAUCAUGUUUCCAAUAUAUGAUUUACAGUGGUAAGCAAAGGUUGCGUUGCAAUUAAAUGGUUAUUUUUUUGUUCACAUUUCAUUGUAUGGUCAUUGUUCUCCAACGAACCAUCCAAGAGUUAACCCCCAACUGUUGCAUGACAAUUAGACGUUGGCUUCCAAUUUUCUAAGCCAUGCUCUCAAGGAAUGGUGAAGCAUCCUUUAGUACACUGCAUUCUGUAUCAUUUAGUCUUAACUCUGAAAUGUUUCCGAACACCGGGAGCAACUUAGAAGGAAUGCCGUACAGUGGAACAUUUUUCCUGGUACUGUCUGAAGAGCGUACAUGAAGGAUCAGGCUUGGGGGGAUAUUUAUCCAACCUUCGAGAGAGGACAAGGGGAGGCGUUUCUCACUGUCAUUUAUCUAGUACAGUCUGAAAAAUGCUAGCUAGAAUGGGAUUGGAUGUUAUGGGUGGCAUCCAGUUGUCUUCUGUAGAAGCUUAGAUAAACCUCCUCCUUGGUGCUUAUUCCCCAGCUCUGACGAAGUUCAUUAACACUUUUGCGGUCAGGGGUGGAGGCUGCGGGCACCCCUGGAGGUGAAGGGGUUAAAGGGAAAUCGAGCAGCACCUGGGCAGGUGCAAGAUGUAUCUUUUUGAAUGUAAAUAGUGUUUCUGAAGUUUGUAUCAGCCGGUAGUGUAUAGGCCUCUGUAAGUCCCUGUCUAUAGCUUGGUAUUGUUAAAAAAAAAAAAAAAAAAAAUACAAACUAUAUCAUGAUAAACA